AUGGCUGGUCUGAAUGUGUCUCUUUCCUUCUUCCUAGCUACCAUCGCCCUCUGCCAGGCUGCCAGGAGGGCGGCCAAGGCCCUGCUCCCGGCGGGCGCCUACCUCAGCUUCGCCAGGGAGGUGGCGGGCGCGGCCCAGCUGGGGGCCUGCUGCCUGGAGCUGCGGAUGCUGGCAGAGCUGGGCCCCUGGGCCGGAGGCUUCGGGCCCGACCUGCUGCUGACUCUGCUGUUCCUGCUGUUCCUGGCACACGGGGCCACCUUCGACGGGGCCUCGGCCAACCCCGCCGUGUCCCUGCAGGAGCUGCUCCUGGCCGAAGUCUCCCUGCCCAGCAUGCUGCUGAAGCUGGCGGCUCAGGGGCUGGGAGUCCAGGCUGCCUGCGCCCUGACCCGACUGUACUGGGCCUGGGAGCUCAGCGACCUGCACGUCCUGCAGAACCUCAUGGCCCAGCACUGCAGCUCGGCCCUGCGCACGACCGUGCCCCACGGCGCCCUGGUGGAGGGCACCUGCGCCUUCGCCUUCCACCUGACCCUGCUCCGCCUGAGGAACAGCCCUCCCAUGUACAGGGUGCCGGCGGUGGCCCUGCUGGUCACCCUCAUGGCCUACACAGCUGGGCCCCUCACAUCUGCCUUCUUCAACCCCGCCCUGGCCGCCGCGGUCACCUUCCACUGCUCGGGGCACACCUUGCUGGAGUACGCCCAGGUGUACUGGCUGGGCCCUCUGACAGGGACAGUGCUGGCCGUCCUCCUGCACUGUGGGCACCUUCCCCGCCUUUUCCAGAGGAACCUGCUGUACAGUCAGAAGAACAAGUAUCGGACCCCCAAGGGGAAGCCAGCCCCAGGACCCGAAGACACCCAGACGCCCACCGAGGGGAGCAGAGGCCAGGAGCCUGGGCGCAGGCGGGUGGGGCGGCAGCCGCUGGGCUCCCUGUGA